AGGCGGAUGUUAGAGGGAUGAUUCAGUAGUGACAGGAAGCCGGCUGCCUUGGUCGCUGCCCGCCAGAGUCUGUAGUGUUGGCGUCAGCCCGGGCAGGUGUGCGGGCACAGGAUGAGGUGGCCAUGGUGAGGAGCCUUCACUCUCAGCCAGCAUGAGCGCCGAGCUGGAGCUGCUGUGGCCUUUGUCGGGACUAUUGCUGCUGCUGUUGGGGGCCACAGCCUGGCUGUGUGUCCGCUGCUCCCGCCCAGGAGUGAAGAGAAAUGAGAAAAUCUACGAACAGAGGAACCAGCAAGAAAAUGACCAGAGCUUAGCUACGGCUCAGACUCAGACUUACUCCCUGGCCAGGCAGGUGUGGCCGGGACCCCAGAUGGACACAGCCUCAGACAAGUCAUUUGAAAGGAAGAACAAACUGCCGUUCUCCCACCUCGAGGCCUUUCUUCCAGGUCCUGAGUCUCCUAGGUACCAGAACUUAUACAAAGGAAGCAGACAGGAGCCUGAUAACACCUAUGUAGAUCCCAUCCCCACGGACUACUACAACUGGGGGUGUUUCCAGAAGCCUCCAGAAGAUGAUGACUCCAACUCCUACGAGAAUGUGCUCAUCUGCAAGCCCAGCACCCCCGAGUCAGGUGUCGAGGAAUCCGAGGAUUACCAGAACUCACUCUCCAUCCUUCAGUGGCGAGAGUCCAAGAGGAUUGUGGGUGCACAAACACCCCUCUCAGGAAGCCCGGAUGAGGAACCAGAUUACGUGAACGGGGAUGUGACUGCAGCAGAGAAAAUCUAGGAGGGAAUCAACCAAUCGGAAGGAAGGCCCUGAGGAUCCCGAGCUGAAGCGUUUACUGCCUGUGGAAUAAAGCCUGUCCUCCAGGGAUGCUCAAGUUUCACACCCUGGCUGUGGUGCUCCUGGGCGGGGCGCCAGAACUGCCUGACACACAGCCUGGGAGGCACUGGGAACCACCAGAGCUGCAACCCUCAAGUGAUGCCCUGGACUUCUUCCGGUCAAAGCAAGUGCCCAGGGGAUAGUGACUGUGCCGACUGGAAGCCCAGGACCUGAGGCAAACUGUGUCCCCAGACAGUCCACAUCUAAAAUGAGGCACAGCACUGGCAUUGGUGGGGUGCUGGAUCUCAGUAAGUUGCUCAGGAUGAUCUCGAACUUGCAAUCCUUCAGCCUCGGCCCUAGUGUUGGGAUCACGUUAUAACUGCCUGACCUUGUAGGUUUUUUUUUUUUCUUUCCUUGUUUAGACCUCAAAUUACUUAUGAAUGUUGACUUCUGGGACUGUUACCAUGACCUUUUCUGGAGUUAAGUUGCUGGAGCUGUAUUUAAUAUUGUCAGUGUCAAGGGACCCCCUGUCUCAGAGCAUUACAUGUACCUAACCGUAGCAGAUGAACGGGGUAUGGGGGUAACCUGGGAUCGCCUUGGUCUCUUAGUGGGCUCCAGUUUGUUCUGGUCUUCCCUUCCUGCGGGGACCUUGUGGGGCAGUGAUCAGGAAAUAAAACUGGCCCUCACCAAACAUCAAUAAACCCUGUACGUGCAGGCACCGCACACAUGCCUUUGUUAAAACACCA